AUGGCCCCCUCCGCCUCCUCCUCCUCCUCCUCCCCAACCAGCCUCUCCCGCGCCGAAACCCUCAGCCUGGCCUCCCUCUCCGCCGCCUCGCUCGCCAUCCUCGCAAACACCCUCCACGGCGACGGCGAGCCCCUCGUCGCCUCCCUCGCGCUCUCCCUCGUCGCCUUCUCGCUAUGCUACGCCAUGAUCCGCUGGCUGGGCCCGACCUUCAUCAAGGCCGGCUUCCGCGGGCGCGACCUCGGCAAGGUCAACGGCGCGGAGCUGCCCGAGUGCAUGGGCGCCGUGUGCGCCGCCGUCUACCUCAUCGCCGUGAUCGUCUUCAUCCCGUUUCCCUUCUACAAGGACAUUGUGGCGGCGACGAGCGGAGGCGGCAACCGUGAUGUGGUGGUUGAGAUGGAGCGGCAUGCGAAUCAGGGGGGCCGUUUCCUGCAUCGCUUUCCGCACAACAAGCUCGCCUCCUACCUCGGCGCCAUCAUCUCCCUGCAGACCAUCGCCCUGCUCGGCAUUGGCGACGACCUCUUCGACAUCCGCUGGCGCCACAAGUGGUGGAUCCCCGGCAUCGCCUCCAUCCCGCUGCUCGUCGUCUACUUUGUCGACUUCGACGUCACCUCCAUCGUCAUCCCGCUGCCGCUCCAACCCUUGCUCGGCGAGCUCUUCGACCUCGGGCCCCUCUACUACGCCUACAUGGCCUGCGUCGCCAUGUUCUGCCCGCAGAGCAUCAACAUGCUCGCCGGCAUCAACGGCAUCGAGGUCUCCCAGUGCCUCGUCGUCUCCCUGCUCAUCGCCUUCAACGACUGCCUCUACCUCUUCACGCCCUACCCGCACCCGGCCACCGACUCCCACCUCUUCUCCCUCUACCUGCUCCUCCCCUGGGUCGGCGUCUCCUGCGCCCUCCUCGCCCACAACUGGUACCCCGCCCGCGUCUUCGUCGGCGACACCUACUGCUACUUCUCCGGCAUGGUCUUCGCCGUCGUCGGCAUCCUCGGCCACUUCUCCAAGACGCUCGGCCUCCUCCUCGUGCCCCAGCUCUUCAACUUCCUCUACUCCACACCACAAAUCUUCGGCCUCGUCCCCUGCCCGCGCCACCGCCUGCCCAGGCUCAACGCCCGCACCGGCCUCCUCGAGCCCUCCGUCGUCCCCUGGACCCCCGACCGCCAGCCGCACCCGCUCGUCGCCCGCGCCCUGCUCCUCCUCCACCGCAUGCGCCUCCUCCGCGCAACCACCACGGUCGACAGCGAGACAGGCGCCACCAUCUUCGUCGAGACCACCAACCUCACCCUGCUCAACCUCUGGCUCGUCUGGCGGGGCCCCCUCAAGGAGAACCGCCUCGCGUGGGAGGUGACCCUGCUGCAGCUCGGCGUCGGCCUCUUUGGCCUCUUUGUCAGGCACAAGCUCGCCCUGCUCGUCUUUAAGGAGGACAAUUGGGGCAGCACGGGGCAGCAUUGA